AGCAGGAUCACCCGAGCUCACCUAAGAGGAAUCUAAUGCGAGAUCACCACUUAUCAGAUUCACUGAGGAAUCCAGAGCGACAAGAAUUGUGGGAUUUCAGAUUUUUACAAAAAUGUCUUACAAAUCCGCAAAUUCUCGACAACGUGCAAAAUUUUUCGCUUUCAAAGAAAAUUACUGCUGAAGAAAAUGAAAGAAUAUUUGUGAACGAUCAGUAUACUAGCUUAUCAGAAGAAGUUACCAAGUUAGACGAUGUUAACAAGAAUAAAGCUUAUGAAGGAAGAUUGCAAAGGGAUGUAAAAGAAUCAAGGACAAGAAACUAUCAUUUGGGAAGUGCUUUGAAAAGAGUUAUUUGA